AUGUGCUACAGCUGUGAUCAGUUAAUCACAGAUAUGGUCCUUCAAGCUCUCGGGAAGUCGUACCACCCGGCUUGUUUCCGCUGUGCUGUUUGUAGACAGAGCCUGCAGGAUCUACCCUUCACUGUGGGCACAGACAACAAGGUUUACUGUAUCAAAGACUACCACAAGGUGCAGGCUCCGUGCUGUGCCACUUGUAAUAAACCCAUACUGCCGACGGAGGGUUGCACUGAGUCCAUUCGAGUGGUUUCAUUCAACAAAAACUACCACGCGGAGUGCUUCGGAUGUGACGUCGACUUUGUUUGA